CGCCUAUAAUCGCCUCGGAGAGCCGCAGAUCGUCAGACGCUCAUGAGGACCAAACACACCCACGAGCCUCUCACACACCGGAACGACACAGAUGCUCUCUAGCGCCGCCAGCAGAUCAUCAUGACAAGAAACCCGUCAGUCCUGCUGCUGCUCAUAACACUGCUGGACACACAGAAGCUGUGUGGCGGUGAGGAAGAGCUCAUGAUGGUGAUGACGUCAGCGGAGCAGGUGAGCGAUAUCCCAGCAUCCUCUCUUGAUCCUCCGAGCACGACGCGAGAGCAGAUCCUCUCGGCCCAGUUUGAGUGUUACUUGAAGAUCAUUUACGAGCCACCACGCAGCGACCCGGGUCCGUACUGUAAUCGCACGUGGGACGGGUGGCUCUGCUGGGGAGACUCCGCCCCUGGCACCGCUGUCCAGCUCUGCCCCUCCUACUUUCAUGACUUUGAUCCAAAUGAGAAAGUGACCAAAGUGUGUAACUCAGACGGUCAAUGGUUUCGUCAUCCGGAAAGCGACCGUCUGUGGUCCAAUUACACGCAGUGCUCUGCUUACACCAAACAGGAUCACAAGCUCAUGUAUGUGAUGUACUAUCUGGUGAUGGUGGGACACGCCCUGUCCAUCAUAUCGCUGCUCAUCUCCAUCUGCAUCUUCUCAUACUUCAAGUGUUUGAGCUGUCAGAGAAUCACUCUUCAUAAAAACAUGUUCACCUCCUUCAUUCUCAACUCAAUUGCCACCAUUGGCUACUUCUACGUCGUUUUUGGAGAACACCACACCACAACAGAGUCUUCUCAGAUCGGCUGUAAGCUGCUGGCCAGUAUCAUGCACUACACGUCCUGUUCUAAUUAUUUCUGGAUGCUGUGUGAGGGGAUCUACCUGCACACGCUCAUCAUCGUGGCCGUGUUCGUGGGCGAGCAGCAGCUGGGCUGGUAUUACGUCCUCGGCUGGGGUUUCCCAGUGAUCCCUGCUGUCCUGCACGCUGUGGCCCGUCUGCUCUUCCACGAUGACAGGUGUUGGGCCAUGAACACGGGCCUGCUGUACAUCACAAACGUCCCCAUACACGCCGCUUUGGUGGUGAACCUGUUCUUCCUGCUGAACAUCGUGCGGGUGUUGAUCACCAAACUGCGGGUCACUCACCGCACCGAGAGCAACAUCUACAUGAAGGCGGUUCGCGCCACCAUCAUCCUGGUUCCUCUGCUGGGGAUUCAUUUCAUCCUGGUGCCGCUGCAGCCCAGCGGACGCAUCUCUCUGGCCGUCUACAAGCUCUUCAUGAACAUCUUUGUGCAUUUCCAGGGUCUCCUGGUGGCCGUAAUCUUCUGCUUCUGUAAUGGAGAGGUGCAGUUGGCGUUGCAGCGUAAGUUUGUGCAGUAUCGCGGUCAGAGGAAGCGCAGGAGUCUGGUGACCUACGACUCUCACUGUAAUUACCACACCAACUCGUCCAUCACCGAGACCAGCCGCGUCACCAUCGGCCUCGAGCAUGGCCCGACCUACACGAGCGGCGGUACGCACGCGCUCAAUGGCCACAGCAACGGCAAACGCUGCUCCAGCGGCGAACCCGACAGCUGCGACCUACCAGAUUUCACUGAAAUAUGAGCAUCUGCGCACAUACGCACUGAUAUCAACAACACUACAGCGCACUCCCAGCUAACAAAUGUGUUCUAAGAACGGUUUGCUAACGUUCAUGUUAAGUUAUUAAAACAUUAUUAGUGGUGACUAUUACUAUUCUGUUUGGGAAUCAUGGAAAGAAGUGUCACAUUGUGCAGCCUAAUGAGAAGAGGUGUGCUAUGACUUUUAUAAGCGAUCGGGCGUACAACGUUCGAACAGCGGCUGAAAAAUCGGGCGAAAAAGUCCCACUGACUUAACAUUAAUCCAAACUUUGUGACAUCAUAUCUCCGGAUCAGAACAUUGUAGGGACUUCAGGGUGGGCUCAUUUCACUCAGUCUAGCAAACAGCCAAUAAAUGGUGACAUUUUAGCUUCCUAGCCACGCCCUACCUCCACUUACAGCAACGUAGCAACCAGUCCAUAGACUUACAUUGAAAAAAGGACCCUAGCAACCCAAACCAUAAGUGGAAUAUCUUCAUAGAGGUUGAGGGUUGCUUUAUAUCUUUCAUUCAUUCUUUUGAUGCAUGUUAGCAAAUAGGACGUCCAACAUGCUACACAUGCUAGCAUCACCUAGCUAAGUGUUAAAACAUGCUAAAAAUAUGCUAAAGCAUACUAGGAUCGCCUACCUAACAUCAUGCUAAUGACAUGUUAACUGUAUUAGCAUAAUGGUAAACAUUAGAAUCUUGCUAAAACAUGCUAGCAUGAUGCUAGGUAGAUGUUAAUCAUGUUAACUUUGUGUUAACAACAUGCUAAUCAUGUUAGCAUGUUGCUAGCAUCAUGCUAACCAUGUUAGCAUCUUGUUAAAAACAUGUUAACAUCAUGCUAGCAACAUGCUAAUCAUGCUAAUUUCAUGUUAACAACAGGAUAAUUGUGUUAAUAUGUUUCUAGCAUAAUGCUAACAAAUGAGCAUGUCAUUAACAUAAUGUUAAUACAAUUAUUGUUGGUAUUCGUGCCUAAUCCUGAGUUUUCCCACAGCAAGCACCACUCUGAAUGUUCUCUGAAUGUUUAAAAUGAACCGUUUUUGAAUGUUUUUAAAAUGUUUUUUUUUU